UCAAGCCAUCCUCCUUGCGUUGCAGGGAGGGGAGGCUGGCACAGCGAGGCGCCUCCUCCUGCUUCCCUGCCUCUCUCCCCAUCCCUCGCUGCCACCGCGCCUUGGACGGAGAAGAGGAAGAAGAGGAGGAGGAGGAAGAGGAGGAGGAGGAAGAGGAGGAGGAUGCUCCUCCUUAGAGCUGCCGCCUGGGUCCAGGGCGCGCAUUGACGAGCCAGAUGGGGACCAGCUGAUAGGGAAGAAGAAGAGGAGGAAGAAGAGGCACUGCUUUUGUUCCCUGCCUUGCGAGGAAGAAGAAGAAGUGGAGGAGGCGUCAGGUGAAGAAUCCAGGUUUUCUUUUGCUGAUAUGGAAAGUGAGAAGACAGGUGCCCAAACAAAUGCACAUGGGGAGAAGGGUCAAGGAAGGGAUUGGCCACGGCUGCCCACCCAGGCCAACUGCUGCCUCCGGCUGGAGGCUGGGCCCGUCUGUCAGUCCCCACGUGGCACCCUUCACCUUGGCUCCCGCAUUCCAUUGCAAUGACAUCAAUAGCCGCGCCACUGAGCUACCUGCAGCAGAGAGACGACCGCCAAGGCAUCCCAUUGGCUGGAGCUGAUUGCGAGAGGAGAGAUUAACUGAAGAGCAAGGAGGGAGGGAAAGAGAAAUCGAGAGAGCGAAAUUGGAAGAGGCAGGCAUCAAGAGGAGUCCAGACUGCAGCAACAGCAUCAGCAGCACAUGGGGACUAGCUGCACGUUAUUCCAAGCCGCACAUCAUCAUGGCAUGCCUGCACGAGACCCGCACACCUUCCCCCUCCUUUGGCAGUUUCAACACUAUCCUAGCGGAGAGUUCCCUCCGAAAAUUGGACCCGGAUGCUUCAGACUGCACCCCGGAAAAGGACCUUACGCCGACGCAGUGUGUGUUGAGGGAUGUGCUUCCCAUCGAUGGCGGAGGAGGAGGUGGAGGGGGGCACAGCCCUACUCCCAGCGAAGAGACCCACGACCAGUUUGCCAACAGUGUCCUGCAGCUCCACGAAAAUGAAGCUGGAGGUCAUGGAGGAGGAAGUGGGGCAGGCGCAGGGGCCGGGGCUGGCAAUCCGGAGGUGCGGGCCACCCGCUACCAUGCUGACCAGGUUCGGCUCCACUGCCAGUCUGGAAGCGGCUUCCUGGAAGGCCUCUUCGGUUGCCUGAAGCCCGUCUGGACCAUGAUUGGCAAAGCGUAUUCCACUGAACACAAACAGCAACAGGAAGAUCCUUGGGAAGUGCCCUUUGAAGAGAUUAUGGACUUGCAGUGGGUGGGCAGUGGGGCACAGGGGGCUGUCUUCCUGGGACGCUUCCAUGGGGAGGAGGUGGCUGUCAAGAAGGUGCGAGACUUCAAGGAGACAGACAUCAAGCACCUGCGGAAGCUGAAACAUCCCAACAUCAUUACCUUCAAGGGUGUUUGUACCCAGGCUCCCUGCUACUGCAUCAUCAUGGAGUUCUGUGCCCAGGGCCAGCUGUAUGAGGUGCUGCGAGCCGGGCGCAAGGUCACACCCUCCCUGUUGGUCGACUGGUCUAUGGGUAUUGCCGGCGGCAUGAAUUACCUGCACCUCCAUAAGAUCAUCCACCGUGACCUCAAGUCACCCAACAUGUUGAUAACUUACGACGAUGUGGUGAAGAUCUCUGAUUUCGGUACCUCCAAAGAGCUCAGUGACAAGAGCACCAAGAUGUCCUUUGCCGGCACAGUGGCCUGGAUGGCACCAGAAGUCAUUCGGAAUGAACCUGUUUCUGAGAAGGUUGACAUCUGGUCCUUCGGCGUUGUUCUCUGGGAGUUGCUAACAGGAGAAAUCCCUUACAAGGACGUGGAUUCCUCAGCCAUAAUCUGGGGUGUAGGCAGUAACAGCCUCCACCUGCCUGUGCCCACCAGCUGCCCUGAUGGUUUCAAGAUCUUGCUAAGACAGUGCUGGAAUAGCAAACCUCGGAACCGUCCGUCUUUCCGCCAGAUCCUGCUGCACCUUGACAUUGCGUCAGCUGACGUUCUCUCUACGCCGCAGGAGACCUACUUCAAAUCCCAGGCUGAAUGGCGGGAGGAAGUAAAACUACAUUUUGAAAAGAUUAAAUCAGAGGGAACAUGUCUACACCGCUUGGAGGAGGAGUUGAUCCACCGACGGCGAGAAGAACUCAGGCACGCUUUGGACAUCCGGGAGCACUACGAGAGAAAGCUGGAGCGGGCCAACAAUCUUUAUAUGGAGCUCAAUUCCCUGAUGUUACAGCUGGAGCUCAAAGAGAAGGAGCUGCUCCGGCGGGAGCAAGCUCUGGAGAAGAAAUAUCCUGGGCUCUUUAAACACCAUCCAUCCCGGAGCCUCCUCCAUGGCAACACAGUGGAAAAGCUGAUCAAGAAGAGGAACGUGCCUCAGAAGCUCUCUCCGCACAGCAAGAGGCCUGACAUUCUGAAGACAGAGGUGAUCAUGGACCCAACUCUGCCCCAGCUUGCCAUCCCCGUGUGCCAGAAGGGCCCUCCAUCCCCGGGGCGCAGUCGCCGAGCUAAGUCACGCUACCGCAAGGUCAGCUCCCGGGGCAGUUGUGGGGAGCUGGCUGAACCUGCGGGAGCCAAGCGCCUGGAGCCCUGUGCUGCGCUGCGAGGCCUUCAGCACGACCUCCUCCUCCGCAAGAUGUCGUCUUCCAGCCCUGACCUCAUCUCCACGACUCUGGGGGCCGAGAGCCGCAAAGGGGAAACCGGGCCCGAAUCCCCACCGACGGAGCAGCCCCGCAGCGAAACUCCCAGUGAAGAUACCGCCUCGGUGCCGUGCUCCAGCAGCCCCGAGUCUCCCUCUUCCCGACAGGGUGCUGUAGGGCCACCGGGAAAGGCGAGGCUGCAGCCGGGAGAAGAGGCUGAGCGGGACCAGGGCCGAAGCAGUCGAGCCGGGGCCGCCUCUCAAUCCCAGCAUCUCACGCCAGCAGCUCUCUUGUAUCGGGCAGCUGUCACUCGGAGCCAGAAGCGUGGGGUCUCCUCAGAGGAGGAGGAAGGGGAGGUGGACAGUGAAGUCGAGCUUCCACUCCGGCAAAGGUGGCCUCAGGCCAUGAGCAAGCGGCAGUCACUCUCUACUUUCAGCUCUGAGAAUUUCUCCGAUGCGGAUGGCGAAGAGGGCACUGCCAGCGAGGGCACCACGGCUUCCCACAGCGGUGGCACACCAGACGUGGCCAGCACCAAUACAGACGAGCGGCUGGACGCAGAGCGCUCAGAUGACGAUAUCCUGGGUCACUCGGAUGGGCUGUCUGAAAAGGAGGCGGCCAUCCGUCUUGUCAAACGCCAACUCAGUGCUGAGCAGAAUGGAGGGGAGGACCCUACUGCCUAUGAGGAUUCUGACUGCGACAUUGCCGAACUGGACCAUUCAGGCAGUGGAGAGGUGCAGAGACUUCCAGACAUGCCCAAUUUGUGAUCUCACCUGCUCGGCUUUCCUUUCCCCAGGUUGUACAGACCCCCUCCCUUCCUCCACCUCCCUGCACCAACACCGCCUCCCCAGAUAUUUAUAUAAAUAAUCUAUAAAGAUCUAUAUAAAUCUAUAUUAUCGCAUAAUCUCUGGAAGGAGAGCCAGCACACCUCAUCAUCUCCCUCCCCUCCUUCACUUCCUCGGUUCCUGCAUUCUCUCGGACUGGUUGGGUAUGCGUGUGUGGGUGUAGAGGACCAUGCCCUGCCAUCGGGGCUUGCUGUUUUCACUCGGGGCAGCUGAAGACACAGAACAAAUGAACACAGAACCAACCAACCUGUAGCCAUUGCCCUUGCAACUCAGCAGAACAGCUUGUGCCCUACGCCGGGAGGAAUUGGUCCCUUCUUCUCUGCUUCCUCAAGUCCCGAAUGUUGUGAGCUCCAAAGGACCCACCUGUUCUACCAGGAUCCACCAAUAGGUCCAAGGAGCAGAGAGAGAUUGAUUGAGAAGUGUUUGGCUGGAAACCUGGUGUUUUUGUCUCCUAGAGGAAGUGGCAACAUGCAUCAACAGGGCUCCAAAGCGCUUUGCCACAUCUUGGAUAGAGGGUGUGUAUCCUGGGCCUCAGCCAGACUGUCUCUGAGAGGGACUUAAUGCAUGUUUGGGCCACAGUCAGCAUGGAAACUCCCCCUUCCUCGUGUUCCACUAAGCCACAGCGUGAAAAAUAAGUCUUUCUCAUUCCUCCCUUGUAGCCCUUCGCACAACCAAAGCCAGAGUGCAACAACCGGUCUUCUUCCCAACACACACAUACACACGCUUCAGUUCUUGGGAAUGGGGCUCAGAGCUCAAAAACUACAGCAUCCGCUCCCAUCCCUCACCUUCCAGCACUCAACUCUACUGGGUGAGUGUGGGCAGGUGUAGAUAUAUGCACGCACAACCACCACACAUGUAUAUACACUCAACGUGGCCCAUCACAAUGUUGGGAUGGGAAAAACAGCUCCAUUCUGCUGUCUGCUGGCACCAACAUGCACUGCACUUUUUAUUUAUUUAUUUAUUGGUUUUCUUUAUUUAUAAUGAAGAAUGUUUACAUUUGCACUUAAUGUGUGUCCCUGUCAGGUGGGUUUUUGUGGUUGAGGGGUGGUGGGGUGGGGCAAUGGGGGGAGAGGAAGGGGACAAAGGGGGCAGCAGAGGAGCACGCAAGAGGUAGAGAGCAGGGAUGUUGGUAAUGCUGACUCUGCUUUUGCCUGAACUUCUGAAAAUUGCUUAAAAGGAGAAAGGGGACACCCUCAGGUUUUACACUUGCAGGGGGGAAAAUCUCCUUUCCUCUUGGUUUCUCAGGUGAAGAUCUUGGUUUAGGAGAAAGAUGUUUUGUUCCCUUUGACAUUUGUCGCCAAUUUGUGUUUGAGAUACCCCAGAGAUGUGAGGCUUAAAAUCAGUUUAUGCAUCAGAGUGCUCAGAAAAGCCCUUUCCUGACAUAAAAAUCAAUGUAAGGUGGCAGGAUGUAGUAAAAAGUGAUCACUUGAGGGUUAACUGUAGCAUUUCCAUCAUUUGUUCGAAAGCAGUCUGUGGGCCAUACCUUUGGAAGUAGGGAACAAAGCCUCCCUGAAAGAUAAACCUGCCUACUCUGCUGUAGGGUCACUUUGGCUAGCACAACACAAGUUGUGCUGGUGUGUCAGCUUCUGCUCAAGGAAGAGAGGAAAGGUUUUCAAAUGAAUUCCCUUACAUAGGCUGGGACCUUUGCUCAUUGGCCUGUGCGCAAAAAUGCCAAGGCCCAAUUUAAUCCAAUCCAGGGAGGUAAUGGGGUAGGGAGCGUGAUCCAAUCUCAAUCUCACCCCUUUCCUUUCCAAGUCCUCUCUCUUCCCAUAUCAGAACAGCACUGAAACAUAAAAGGUACUUCUGUAUGUUUCUCACACUAGUUAAUAUGGAAGGGGCACCAAGCCUGCUAUUUGUUGGGAUUCACAGAAUAUAGCUAUGCUUUUUUUUUCAUUCUCAGCCAGGGUCCUCUCAUUUUUUGUAUCCAUCCAUGGUUUCCAAAGUUCAACGCAAGCAGGGAGAGUUCCAUGUUUAACCUCAGAUGAGUGCUUGACUCAAAUGUUAAAACCUGCACUGAUCAAACAUAGGCAGAUGCAUGUCCCGGUGCUAAUUCCUGGCAGCCCACAAGCAGAUAGGGCUCACUUUAGGUGCCAAGGCAGAUACUGCUUCCCCAAAAAGUUAGUUUCAAUGCACAACCACCAAUACUCCCUUCCCAAAGAAAGCAGCACUGGGAAAGAUUGCACCCGUCCCGAGUAGUAAUGCUAAGAUCUGUGUUUUGCAAUGGCUGAAACACUUGCAGUCCAUCAGAGCACAGGUAGACCAGCUGUGGAGGAAAGUUGCUUGACAAUUCUAUUCAGGAAGAUUUGAGGUUAGCCACCAAUCAGAGUUCAUGGUGCUAGAUUGGGGGUGAGCGUGAAGUAAGGCACCAUAGCGCCUGAAGCCACAGGGUGCUUCUACUGUUGUUCCUGAAGUGAUGUGAUAUUUUCUAGGAAGUUAUUUCCCAAGCCAAAAAGCAGGACAGAAUUAGCAAUAUCUGGGCCUCCAGCAAAUGUAAUUUUCCCUCCACAAUACAUUCUCAAUUGUGAGAUAGUUUCCAGAAAACAAAGACUGAGAUGGGAGAGGUUAUUCAGUAUUUCCAACCUUCUGAUCCCUUGUGGCUGCAGUUAGUUCAAGUGCCACCGUUUUUUCUAGAGGGUGAAUAAAGAUGUCCACAUACCACAGCCUUCAGAAAUGGUUGAGUUAAGUUACCUUUGCUGAACUUUUACACAAAAGGAAGGCAUGUUUCCAAGGCAAGCGACUGUAAGUCGCUUCUGGUGUGAAAGAAUUGGCUGUCUGCAACAAUGUUGCCCAGGGGAUGCCCAGAUAUUUGAUGUUUUACCAUCCUUGUGGGAGGUUUCUCUCAUGUCCCCACAUGGAGAGCUGGAGCUGACAGGGGGAGCUCAUCUGCUCUCCCCACAUUCGAACCGCAGACCUGUCGAUCAGCAGUCCUGCCGGCACAAGGGUUUAACCCAAUGCAUCACCGGGGGUGAAAGGGAACCACUACACAAAGUCUCCCUUAUCCAUGACCAAAUACAGGCAGCCAUGUUGCAGCUUGAGUCAUGGCCACCUGCUGGGCUGUUGUGUCCACACAGCAGACGGUGUAAACAGGGAGUGAAAGCAUAUAGCACAUCUAAGCAGGCAGGGGAUGGGCCUUGAUACGAGCCUUGAAGUCAAUUCAACAAAAUCAAACACGUCCUAUUGUGACUAUUUCAUAUUUUCAUUUCUCAUUUUUGCUUAAACGCAUGGCUCACCUAGUGCAAGGCAGUAAUGAUUUGCAUAAAAUCUAUUAGAAAAUAAAAAAAAACAUCAUUCUAGUUCCAUGCCCCACUCGCAUAACUACAGUAGUUUCACUUAUCCAACAUAAACAGGCCAGCAGAACGUUGGAUAAGCGAAUAUGUUGGAUAAUAAGGAGGGAUUAAGGAAAAGCCUAUUAAACAUCAGAUUACAUUAUGAUUUUACAAAUUAAGCACCAAAACACCAUGUUUUACAACAAAUUUGACAGAAAAAGCAGUUGAAUACACAGAAUGUUAUGUAGUAAUUACUGUACUUACGAAUUCAGCACCAAUGGAUUGAAAAGAUUGACUACAAAAACAUUGACUACUAAAAGGCCGACUGCGUUGGAUAAUCCAGAACAUUGGAUAAGCGAAUGUUGGAUAAGUGAGACUCUACUGUAAUUCCAAACAGAAUAAAUUAUGGGAGUUAGGAAAAUCAUGUAUAUAUGUACUAGUCAGAGCGUUCCUUUGCAUAGAAUUUGAUCUAUCUUAGCUGUGUUCAUACAGCUUAGUGCAAGCCCCCUAAAAGCUAACCACAAUUUCGACUGCUUUCCAAACAGCCCUAUUAGGUUUCUUGCAACAUAAAAAGAAAGGAGGGAGGGAAGGAAACAUGCCAACAGCAUUACAACUUUUAAUUCACAUGAGCUAUCAUGGACACAAACCAACCUUUUUGGAUGCAGUAUCACUAGGGUGGUGGGCAUACUGAGUGAUGUAGGAAUUGCAUCUAAAAAGUAGGUUUUAUCACAAAAGCUCAUGAGACAAUAAAAACUAGUCCUAAACUUACUGCUAUAUACUUUAUUUUCCUCUCCCAUUUUCUUAAGAAUGGCUCUUUUAUGAGUCUAUGUCAAAAUAUGUCAUAUUUUAGGGCCAAAUUCUCAGUGAUAAAGGCAUGACAUUUUAAUAUUUUUCUGAUCAAAUUGUGUGUAGAGAGAAAGUAGAUUAUAAAAGGAUUUGCUGUGUUUAAUGCCUUCAACAAUAAAGGUAUUAAUCUGUGCUUAGCUAGUUCUCUAGAGAUACUAGCUUUGUGUAUUCACUGAAUACAUCUAGAGUUGAAGGCAAAUAUAUCCAGUGCUUACGUGGCCUCUCAUGCCAUCAGAUCCACUGGACAAGUAGAAUACCAUUUGGACUAGUCUUCAUGAGGAGGUGCUCUGCUUUUGUGGGUGCUGUGUUGAAGACAAAUAAGACAGGGCAAACUGUUGAUCAGCCCCACCCAAAGCAGUUCUUAGAUCCUUAAAACAAAAAGAGAUUCCAGGUUCUGGCAGGUUACACGAUACAAGGCCAUGCUACUGUUUUUCAUUCACCAUUUUCAUGCUGUGGAAAGUACUUUCCACUUCAAUGUUAGAGGUCAGACACAUCUUCUGGGUACCAUGAAACAUGUCACAUGUCUUUAAAAGAAUCUGAAGGACAUGGGUUAUUGUGAGCCUUGUUGUGAACAGAGCAGACCAAAGUGAUCUUAGCCCCCACAGUAAAAUAACUAAUCCACAUACAGACAUAAAAACUAAUAGUGACCUUGGCACUGGAGGAAUAAGGGUGCAACCCUUAUGCACUGCAAUGGAUUAGCAUGGAAUCAUUAUUCAGGGUUAUAGCACUUGCUUCCCAUGCAUGAAUGCCCACUUUCAAAGGCUAGCACUUAAGGAAUGUCAGCAUCUUAGGACAGCAGCUGCCAGCCAGAUGAGAAAUAGGCAACUUUUGACAAGUGGUUUGAAAGUAGAAAUUUGCAUUUUUUUUAAAAGGCAUCUCACCGGCAACCAAAAUGAUUAUUUAACUCCUACCAUACUAAAACCAUAAACAGAAUGAAAUCUCUAGAAACAGUUUGCCUUCUGUACAGAGCACCAGUCUUGCAGAUAUAAUCUCUUCUGAAAGUCAGGAUGGUUAAAUCUUAGGGCAGUAGUACUACUUUUUCUUCUUGGAUCAACCUGGGCCUCUCUUAGGUAAUUUCCCAAUGUUGCCAUUUAGCUUCUCAUAGCUGCAUUCUUUCCAUUCACCCCUCCCAAUCAAGCUAUCACAGGGCCUGCCCUUUGAAAAAUGGUUGCACUGCACAGCGAGCAUGACAUCUGACCCAUCCCAAACACUCCCAGCCCAGUUUGUCAUUCUUCCUGUGGAAGGCAAGUUCUCAAGUCUCUUAGGUGAAGCCAUAUGUCUUACCACUUUGGAUCUGUAUGUCUUCUAUGCUUGUUUUAACAUCCACCCUUGUAAGAUAGAUCACGUCUGUAUGGUAAUAACAUUGCUAGAUGAGUAAUGGCACUGCAGAUUUCAAUUAAAGACCAUUUUGUACUCAA